AUGAGCAGCAGCAACACCCCAUCCCCAGCGCAGCCACCCGCGCAGCAAAAACAACACCAAAAGCCCAUCCACUUUGGUCCCUUUGAAGUCACCAACCAAGUCUUCCUCACCACCCCCCACUCCUUCGCUCUCGUCAACCUCAAACCGCUCCUCCCAGGCCACGUCCUCGUCUGCCCGCUCCAGCCCCACCGCCGCCUAACCGACCUCUCCGCCGCCGAGCUAACCGACCUCUUCACCGCCGUCCAGCGCGUGCAGCACAUGCUCGCCCGGCAUUACUUCCUCCUCCCUCCCCCCUCCCCCACCACCAACACCACCACCACCAACACCACCAACGAAGCAACAGACACAACCACCACCACCCAAUCCCAACCCGCUCUCCCCCUCCCCACCGCAGGCGCCUUCAACAUCGCCAUCCAAGACGGCGCCGAGGCCGGCCAGACCGUGGCCCACGUGCACGUACACGUGAUCCCGCGCAUCCGCGGCGCCACGGCCAAGCCGGCGUCGACGCCGUCCGACGCCGUGUAUGACCAGAUGGCGGCGGAGGAGGGGAAUGUCGGGGGGGGGUUGUGGGAUCGGAGGUUGGGGAGGGGGAGGGAUGGGGGUGGUGGUGAGGACGGUGGUGGUGAGGGCUAUGGGUUUGGUGGUGGUGUUGGGGGAGAGAGGGAGGUGGGUGGGGUGAUGGUGGAUGGGGAGGGGCGGCCUGUUCCCGGGGGGGAGUUUUCCCCAGUAUUGAGGAUGCGGCGAGGGUGGAGAGGGGGAUGCGGGAGAUGGAGGAGGAGGCAGCGGUUUAUAAGCUGGUAUUGA